AACGAUCGCAUUCUCCACUAUCAUCACCAGCAGCAGCAACAGCAACAACGACAUCGUCAUCACCACCAUCAUCAUCAUCAUCAUCAUCACCAUCGCGACCAGCUGCAGCAACAGCAACAGCAACAUCCGUCGGAAUUGGAUGAUCUCCUGCAGUUUCGCGAGUCCGGAACCGCGACAGGUCAAGAGGAAAUGGUGGCGCAGGAGAUGGCACAGGGCUACACGCAGCUCCUGCACUCGGCGGCGGCGACGACGACGACGACGAGCCAGGAGCCGCGGGAGUUCAUCUCGCUGGAGGAGCUUCAGCCGCGCCUACAUCAUCGGGAGCACGCCUGCAUGCAGAUCGCCUCGUCCGCCGCGCAGCUCUACCAUCAUCAUCAGCAGCAGCAGCGUAACCAGCCGAACAACAGCAGCCAGCAGCAACGCCAGCAUGAUUACUACAAUCUCCCGCCCGUGCAGGAAAGUUCGUGCUCCACGGUUUAUUUUUGCGAGAUAGGCACGGGUUCCGGGGUGGGAGAGUUAACUGCCGCCUCGGCGGGGGGUGGUGGCGAAGGUCUCGCCCCGACUCCAACCCCCGCCAGCAGCAGCAGCGCCAGCACCACCACCAUCACUACCACCACCGCCGCCACCCCCAACAGCCCGAGCACGACUACCGCAACUACCACCACCACCACCACCAGCGGCACCGCCACCAUCCCACAGGUUGUAACGGGGGCUGAACCGCCCCAGCACAUGGAGACACCCCCGACGAUGGUCCCCGACCAGCAGGCACCCGCCUCCGGCCAUCAUUAUCACCAUCAUCAUCAUCACCAUCAUCAUCAUCGGCAUCAUCGUAGCACGUCCACCACUCCUAGCCAUGAACCGGCAACCGACACCUCGGACGAGUUCGCGCCGGUCUCUAGAAAACGGAAGCUUUCCUGCCACGUUGGGAGCGACCUCUUGGACGAUCUGGGGGACGACACCAAGUCCGUUCGCACAAAUGACGACAGUAAAAAACAGAAUCACAGCGAGAUCGAGAAACGCAGGAGGGACAAAAUGAACACGUACAUCACCGAGCUGUCGGCGAUGGUGCCGAUGUGCCACGCUAUGUCGCGGAAGCUGGACAAGCUGACCGUGCUGCGUAUGGCGGUGCAGCAUCUCAAGACCAUCCUCGGCGCGGUUACCUCGUACACGGAAGGUCACUACAAACCCGCGUUUCUCAGCGAUCAGGAACUCAAGACGCUCAUACUUCAACUUGUCUUGUUUCAGGCCGCGGAGGGCUUUGUAUUCGUAGUUGGCUGCGAUCGUGGGAGAAUACUCUACGUGUCCGAGUCCGUUUUGCAAACACUCAAUUAUUCUCAGGGUGACCUGUUGGGUCAGAGUUGGUUCGACAUCUUGCAUCCCAAGGAUGUCGCCAAGGUGAAGGAGCAGCUCUCGUCCUCCGAUCUCAGUCCGCGAGAGCGGCUGAUCGACGCGAAAACCAUGUUGCCGAUGAAAACCGACGUACCCCAGGGUGUGUCACGACUCUGCCCCGGCGCGCGAAGGUCUUUCUUCUGUCGAAUGAAACGCAAAGUCGACGGAGUUCUUUGCGGCGAGAUGCAGGUGAAAGAGGAAGCGGACGCCACUACCGGCUGCCACAGGCGGAAGAAGCAGCAAAACGUAGAUUGGAAAUACUGCGUGAUUCAAUGCACCGGUUAUCUGAAGUCCUGGGCGCCCGCGAAGAUCGGCGUCGAGGAGCAGGAGGGCGAGGCCGACGGCGAGGCCUGCAAUCUGUCCUGCUUGGUCGCGGUCGGCCGAAUUCAAACGGCGAUAUCGACUGCCGCUUUAUCAUCGAGAAAGCCCCAGUUGCGGCCAAUACAAUUCAUCUCGCGACACGCGAUGGACGGCAAAUUUCUCUUCGCGGACCAAAGAGCUACUCCAGUAUUGGGCUUUCUACCUCAGGAACUGCUGGGCACCAGUAUGUACGAAUACUAUCAUCACGACGACAUCCCUCGUCUGGCGGAGUCCCACAAAGCGGCGUUGCAGACGUUCGAGCGCGUCACCACACAGAUCUACAGGUUCCGGAGCAAGAGCGGGAACUUCGUGAGGCUGCAGUCCGAAUGGAAGUCCUUCAGAAACCCGUGGACCAAAGACAUCGAGUACCUAAUCGCCAAGAAUUCCGCUAUCUUCUGCGACGCGCGUCCAGACGGAAAUAACGGAUCGGAGGACUCGAGCGUGCAGGGCAAUUACGAUUACUUCACGCAGAUUAACGGUGGACUAGAAAGACUGAUCUCAAGUCACGUGGAGGUAAGUAAGAUCGGCCGGCAAAUAGCGGAGGAGGUGCUAGAUCUGCAGAGACGCGGAGAAGACUCCUCCUCGGGCAGCAGUCCCGGUCCGACGACGGAAGCCGGCUUGCUCAAUGCCGAGUCGCAAAUCACAACGACGGCGACGACGACGACGACGACGUCGCCGGAGAGAAUACCUGACGUGUCCCAAUCGGGUGGCAUCGGCAGUGAGAACAGCAGCAGCAAUCCCACGUCUACGUUCAACCACAUUGUGAACAACGUGCAGCUCAGCAGCAUCGCGAAUGACCAAGGAGCGUCACCAGACGAGGACGUGAUGGACAUGAUCGGCAGCUCCGCGAUUAACGAGUCGCCGAAUCCGAUCCCGUCCGACGGCAAUGACGAGGCAGCGAUGGCUGUCAUCAUGAGCCUGCUGGAGGCUGACGCGGGUCUGGGCGGACCCGUGGAUUUUUCCGGACUGCCGUGGCCGUUACCGUAGCAGCAUCUUUUUUUGUCCGCGAUGUGCGAUUGUUUUGUCGCUCACAAAGAACAGUUCAAAAUACACACGUGGUGCUGAAAUGGUGCUCUUGAGAAACAAGACUUUGUUAAGAAUCGAACGAGAACUCUCUGCGUAGGGGUUUCGCAAACGGAAUUAUACGCGGUCGAACUUUAACUCUAUCGAUUGUUUUUUUUUUUUUUUUUUUUUUUUU